CAUAAACUGAGUAUUUAAAGAAAGUCAAAAGCAAGCUUUAGAUGCGUACGAGAGUGAAUAAUACAAAUAGUAAACGAAGUUCUGUUCAAAAAAAUGGAAUUUGACUUUAGCACUUCAAACUUCAAAGUUUUAAAACAAGUACAGAGAUCUGAAUUCCAUCUCUAUUAAUGGGCAUGGAUCUUUCUCUCAAGUUAGAGAAAGAGAAAGAUGAAAGAUCAAAACACAGCUGUGAGAGGGAAGAAGAAGAAGAAGAUGCUAGUGAAAAUAAAGAUGAAAAAAUGGUGAAAGAAGACAAAAUUGAAGAUUCUUGUUUAAGUUCAAGAAUCCGAGAAGAAGAAAAAGAACGUGAAGAGGUACUUACGAUACGUCGAAAUAGACAUCAGAACAUUUUGUGUGAUAAUAUGUUAAUAUCCAUGGAUGGAUAUCAGCUCUUGCAGGUGCAGAUCGAGAUGGAACAUGUGAAAGAGGAGAAUAAGAGGUUGAGGAAGCUUGUAGAGAAAACCCUUCAAGAUUAUCACCAGCUCGAAAUGAAAUUCCCGGUUAUCGAUCAAACCAACAAGAUGGAUUUUGAAACGUUCCUUGGAGAACAAGCUAAGGACUGGAAAAGAGGAGUGGAAAGAUAUGAUUCCUUGAAUUUGGUAGACGGAGAAUUAGGGAUUUCACUUUCUUUGCCGAAAAAGCAGAAACAAGACGAGAAGAAAGAAGCUGAGUCUAAUAACAAGCAAAUAUACAAUAGGAGCAACAUAGUCCAUGGACAAGAUAUUAACACGCAACGUGUCAUAACGUCUUCUCCGGGUAAUAGAAAGGCCAGGGUAUCUGUGAGAGCCAGAUGUGACACUCCAACGAUGAAUGAUGGAUGCCAAUGGAGAAAGUACGGCCAAAAAACCGCGAAAGGGAAUCCAUGUCCAAGAGCUUAUUACAGAUGCACCGUGGCUCCAGGAUGUCCCGUUAGGAAACAGGUGCAAAGGUGUUUAGAAGACAUGUCGAUAUUGAUAACAACCUACGAAGGAACACAUAACCAUCCACUUCCGGUCGGAGCAACUGCCAUGGCUUCCACUGCCUCCACUUCUCCAUUCUUGUUACUCGAUUCCAGUGACAAUCUCUCUCACCCUUCCUAUUUGCAACAAAAUGGCAGCAACAAUCAAUCAUUAAGAAGCUUGAUCAACUUUGAUGAUCCAUCAUUUAGAGGAGGUGACCAUGUUUCAUCUUCCCAGAACCGAUUAAACUGGAUGGUGUAGGUUCCCUCGUCUAUCUUUUGGUCCCAUUAUAAGUGAUGUCACGAUCAUGCCCUGUUCGGUAUUGUGUCGCUGCGUCAGAUACAAGCGACUAAAAAUUCAACGUUAACCACGGCAAAUAAAAAGUAAAGGAAUGAAAACGGUGUCGCUGCGAUCAAUUUCUCGGGAGUCGCCGGUGUAGUUGCUACUAUAAAAAUAACAAAAUAUAAAAUAUUGUCAU